AUGAUGCUUAGAAGUUCAUCAACACCACUUCUUGGAUCUCUACUUUCUUCAUAUUCAGAGAGUCCAAAUCACAGAGACUAUGAAACCCACAACCCAAAUUCUGAAGUGCUAAAGAAAAUCUCAUUCACUCAUGGUGGUAAUAGCAUUAACUUUAGCUCAUACAGUACUUGUAAUAAUGCUUCAUCGUUAACUCGUUCUAUUAGUGGGGUUUCUGAUUCUUCAGAUACUAGUAGUAGUAAUGGGUUUAGAAGAGCUCAAUCUGAUGGGAAUUUGAAAGGACUUACCGCUGCUUCUUCUGAUAUGGAAGAUCAAGAUUUGUUUAGUCAGUUUUCAUCAAACAACAACCCAUUUAAAUCUUCAAAAAGAACUACUUCAAUGUUGCAGUCAAUUCCUUCAUUCUCUGUUUACAAUUCAAACAGUGGGUUUGAAGAUGAUGAUGAAGAAGAUUAUGAAGAUGAAAAGGAUGGGUCAUUACAAAGGUCUGUAACCAUUGGGGAGAAUAUUAUGUCUAUGGGUAGUGGUGAAUUUACUUUUGGUGGUGAGAAAAUGGGUUUGAUUCAAGAAAACGAUGAAGAUAAUCAGUUUAAUGAAUUUCAGUAUUUGGGUCAAGAUGAUAUGAACCCAUCAAUGUUUCUUGCAACAGGAUUUGGAAUUGGUGUUGAUGGAGUUUUAAUUUUGCAAAGUUUGGACAAGGUGGUUUGA